GUCGUUUGUCUUUGGAGAGGAAUCCCGUUGGUUGUGUCAGCCUAAGCAGCUAUGGGACAGAGAGAAACGGAGGACACGUGUGGUGGCACCCUGAGGGGAUCCAGUGGGCUCAUCUCCAGCUUCGAUUUCCCCAGCGGCGACUCCCCUGGAGCAGGAGGAGGUGGAGGUGCUGGAGGUCUGGGCACCAAUGGGGAGUGUAAGUGGACAAUCCUGGCAGACCCAGGCGACACCAUCUCUCUGGUUUUCACCGAAUUUCAGAUGGAGGAGAAGUCCGAUUAUCUGGAAGUGGAGGGAUCUGAGCCGCCAACCAUCUGGAUAACAGGAAUGAAUAUUCCAGCACCCAUCAUCAGCAACAAAAACUGGCUGCGGCUGCAUUUUGUGACAGAGAGCAACCACCGCCACAAAGGCUUCAGGGCUCAGUAUCAAGUGAAAAGCUCUGGAGAGCUUAAAUCCAGAGGGGUAAAAUUAUUACCAGGAAAGGACAACACUAACAAACUGUCUUUGAUGAAUGAAGGAGGAAUCAAACAGGUGUCUAAUUACUGCCCUGACCCAGGGGAGCCGGAAAAUGGCAAACGGAUCGGCUCUGACUUCAGCAUCGCAGCAACUGCUCAAUUUACCUGUGAUGAGGACCAUGUGCUGCAGGGUUCCAAAACGAUUACCUGCCAGCGCGUUGCCGAGGUCUUUGCUGCUUGGAGCGACCACAGACCUGUCUGCAAGGUGAAAACUUGCGGGUCGAAUCUUCAGGGACCCUCUGGGACUUUUACAUCUCCUAACUUCCCAAUCCAGUAUGAGAGCAACUCCCAGUGUGUGUGGAUCAUAACAACCAGUGAUCCAAACAAGGUUAUCCAGAUCAACUUUGAGGAGUUCGACCUGGAAAUCGGGUAUGAUUCACUAACAAUCGGAGAUGGAGGGGAAGUAGGUGACUCUAAAACAAUAAUCCAAGUGCUGACUGGAAGCUUUGUCCCAGACCUGAUAGUCAGCAUGUCCCAUCAGAUGUGGCUUCAUCUCCAGUCUGAUGAGAGUGUGGGUUCAAUUGGCUUCAAGAUCAACUAUAAAGAAAUUGAUAAAGAGAGUUGUGGUGACCCUGGCACACCUCUGUAUGGCUUCCAGGAGGGAAGUGGCUUUUUAAACGGGAAUGUUCUGCGCUUUGAGUGCCAGUUUGGAUUCGAGCUCAUUGGGGAGAGGAUGAUAACCUGCCAGAACAACAAUCAGUGGUCGGCUAAUAUCCCCAUCUGCAUAUUCCCCUGUUUCUCCAACUUCACCGCUCCCAUGGGGACAGUGUUGUCUCCCGAUUACCCAGAAGGCUAUGGAAACAACCUCAACUGUGUGUGGCUGAUUAUCUCCGAGCCUGGCACCAGAAUCCACCUGGCUUUCAAUGACUUCGACCUGGAGCCUCCCUAUGACUUCCUCACUAUCAAAGAUGGGGACCAGUCAGGAGCCACAAUACUUGGACGCUUCUCAGGGGCUGAAGUUCCCUCCCACCUGACGUCCAACAGCAACGUGCUGCAGCUGGAGUUUCAGGCUGAUCACUCAAUGUCUGGGAGAGGGUUCAACAUCACCUAUAGCACUUUCGGGCGUAAUGAGUGCCCUGACCCUGGAAUACCGUUGAAUGCCAGGCGCUUUGGGGAUAAUUUCCAGCUGGGAAGCUCCAUCUCAGUGGUUUGUGAGGAGGGCUUCAUCAAGACACAGGGGGCUGACACCAUCACAUGCCAUCUGGAGGAAAGCAAGGUGAUGUGGAGCGGACUCAUCCCCAAAUGUGAAGCUCCUUGCGGGGGCCACUACUCAGGGCCGUCAGGUGUCAUCCUGUCCCCAGGGUGGCCAGGUUACUAUAAAGACUCCCUUAGUUGUGAGUGGGUCAUUGAGUCCGAGCUGGGAACCUCCAUCAAGAUCAGCUUUGACAGGUUUCAAACUGAGCUCAGUUAUGACUUCCUGGAGGUGCAUGAUGGUCCCAACUUGCUGUCUCCUCUGGUUGGCUCGUUUAAUGGAACUCAAGUCCCCCAGUUUCUGUUCAGCAGCAGUAACUUUCUCUACCUGCUUUUCACCACUGACAACAGUCGUUCAAACAGUGGCUUCAAGAUCUUUUAUGAAGUGGUCACUUUGGACACAUACUCCUGUAUGGACCCUGGUAUUCCCGUGAACGGUGGACGCUUAAGCCACGACCUGUCAAUCGGCUCCACGGUGUCCUUUCAGUGUGAUCCAGGCUACAGGCUGAGCCAUGAGGAGCCUCUGGUCUGUGAGAAGAACCACUUCUGGAGCCACCCACUGCCCACUUGUGAUGCAUCAUGCGGUGGGGAUAUCAGAGGACCUGGAGGGAUCAUCUUAUCACCUGGUUAUCCAGAGCUGUAUCCUAACUCACUGAACUGUACAUGGACUGUAGAAGUGAGCCACGGGAAAGGUGUCCAAUUCACUUUUCACAACUUCCACCUGGAGGAUCACCAUGACUACCUCCUGAUAACAGAAAACAGCAGCUUUGCCCAGCCGCUGGCUCGACUCACUGGCUCAGAGAGGCCUGCACCAGUCAAUGCCGGCCUGUACGGGAACUUCAAGGCCCAGCUACGCUUCAUUUCUGACUUCUCCAUAUCGCUGCAGGGAUUCAAUAUCUCUUUCUCAGAGUAUGAUCUUGAACCCUGUCAGAAUCCUGGAACGCCUCGGUUCGGCUGGCACACCGGCUCCAAAUUUGGCAUUGGGGACUCACUGGCGUUCUUUUGCAACACGGGCUAUCGUCUGCAGGGGGCAAGGGAGAUUGUGUGCUUGGGAGGUGGCCGCCGCAUGUGGAGUGCCCCUCUGCCAAGGUGUGUGGCUGAGUGUGGAUCGACAGUCUCCAACAACGAGGGAGUUCUUUUGUCACCAAAUUAUCCAAUGAGCUAUGAAAACAGCCACGAAUGUGUGUACAGCAUACAAGUCCAAACAGGCAAAGGCAUCAACAUCACAGCCACCACAUUUCAGCUUGCGCAAGGUGACGUCCUCAAGGUGUAUGAUGGCAAAGACGGCGCAGCCCCAAUCCUUGGCACAUUCACAGGCACGUUGAUGCAAGGUCUGUCCCUUACCAGCACCUCCAACUAUCUUUGGCUUGAAUUCUACUCUGACCAGGAGGCAACGGCAGCAGGGUUCCGGCUCAUAUACCACAGUUUUGAGCUAUCCCACUGUGAUGAUCCAGGGGUGCCGCAGUUUGGCUUUAAAGUUAGUGACCAGGGUCACUUUGCUGGAAGUGCCAUCACGUUCGGCUGUGACCAAGGUUACACCCUGCAUGGCAGCGGCAUACUCAAGUGCAUGACUGGGGAGAGAAGGGCAUGGGACAACAGCCUGCCGUCAUGUAUAGCCGAGUGUGGUGGCAGUUUUAAGGGGGAGUCUACAGGACGUAUCCUCUCUCCUGGGUAUCCAUUCCCCUACGACAACAACCUCAGGUGCACCUGGACCAUUGAGGUCACCUCGGGCAACAUUGUCAGUCUUCAGUUUCUUGCAUUUGACACCGAGGCCUCCCAUGACAUCCUGAAGGUGUGGGACGGGCCUCCUGAGAAUGAGAUGUCUCUGAGGGAGGUGAGCGGUUCCCUGCUGCCUGAGGGGAUCCACUCCACUCUCAACGUUGUAACCAUUCAAUUCGAGACUGACUUUUAUAUCACCAAGUCAGGCUUUGCUAUCGACUUCUCCAGUUCGCUUGCGACAGCUUGCAGAGAUCCAGGUAUUCCCAUGAACGGCAGUCGCAGUGGGGAAGGUCGGGAGCCCGGUGACUCUGUGACCUUCUCUUGUGAUCCGGGAUAUGAAUUGCAGGGGGAGAGCAGAAUCACCUGCAUCCAAGUGGAAAAUAGAUACUACUGGCAGCCCAGCCCUGCAAGCUGCAUUGCUCCAUGUGGUGGAAAUGUGACUGGAUCUUCAGGAUUCAUCCUCUCUCCCAAUUACCCACACCCCUACCCGCACAGCAAAGACUGUGACUGGCUCAUUGCUGUGCAUUCUGACUUUGUCAUUUCUUUGGCUUUCAUCAGCUUCAGUAUUGAGCCCAACUAUGAUUUCUUAUAUAUCUACGACGGGGAAGACAGCACGGCUCACCUGAUUGGCAGUUUCCAAGACAGUAAACUUCCUGAGAAGAUCGAGAGCACUUCUAACUUCAUGUACUUGGCAUUUCGUAGUGAUGGCUCUGUGAGCUACACCGGGUUUCAUUUGGAAUACAAAGCAAAACUGCGGGAGGCGUGUGUUGAUCCAGGGAAUAUGAUGAAUGGUACCAGAAUGGGUACUGACUACAAGCUGGGUUCUAUGGUGACAUUUCAUUGUGAGGCGGGCUACCUGCUGCAGGGCUACUCCACUCUGACAUGUGUCAUGGGCAACAGCAAGAGGCCAGAGUGGGACAGAGCCAAACCAAGCUGUCAAGCUCCCUGUGGAGGUCAUUUCACAGGUUCAGAGGGAACUGUGCUGUCCCCAAACUACCCACAUAAUUACACCCGAGGCCAGAGCUGCAUCUAUGACAUCUUUGUCCCUGGGGACUUUGUGCUGUUUGGUCAGUUUGUGGUGUUCCAGACUUUGAACACUGAUGUUGUGGAGAUCUAUGACGGAGCUUCCAUUGAUGCAGCACUGCUCUCCUCCCUCUAUGGAUCACAUUCAGGCGAGACACUCCCUCUGAGUUCAGGAAACAAGAUUACACUCAAGUUCACAACAAAUGGAACGGAAACAGCCAAAGGAUUUCAUUUUGUUUACCAAGCUGUCCCCCGGACAAGCGCCACUCAGUGUAGCUCUGUCCCUGAGCCCCGCUUCGGGAAGCGGAUAGGGAAUGACUUUGGCACCAGUAUGGCCGUACUGUUUGAAUGCAAUCCAGGCUACACUCUGCACGGCUCCAACGCCAUCAGGUGUGAGGCCGUGCCCAAUGCCCUGGCCCAGUGGAACGGCACUGUGCCCACAUGUGUCGUUCCCUGUGGCGGCGUGUUAACCGACCGCAAAGGUACAAUCCUCUCCCCUGGAUACCCAGAGCCGUACGCCAACUACCUGAACUGUGCCUGGAAAAUCUCUGUUCCUGAGGGAGCUGGCAUCCAGAUUCAAGUUGUGACCUUCGCCACAGAACACAACUGGGACUCGCUUGAUUUUUUUGACGGGGUUGAUGGCAACGCUCCAAGGCUCGGUAGCUACUCAGGUACAACUAUUCCCCAGCUCCUGAACAGCACGUCCAACAACUUGUAUUUGACCUUCCAGUCUGACAUCAGUGUUUCCGCCGCUGGCUUUCACCUGGAGUACACAGCAAUAGGUUUGGAUUCGUGCCCAGAGCCGCUGCCUCCCAGUAACGGACAAAGAGUGGGAGACCGUUACACUGUGGGUGACAUGGUUUCCUUCCAGUGUGAUCAAGGCUUCACAUUGCAGGGUAAUGCAUAUAUUACCUGCAUGCCUGGGCCCGUCAGAAGGUGGAAUUACCCCGUGCCUCUGUGUUUAGCUCAGUGUGGCGGCUCCAUGACAGACUUCAGCGGCGUCAUCCUCAGCCCCGGCUUCCCAGGGAAUUACCAGAGCAGCCUGGACUGCAGCUGGAGAGUUCAACUCCCUAUUGGCUUUGGAAUCCAUAUGCAGUUUCUGAACUUCUCCACAGAGCCGGUUCAUGACUAUCUGGAGGUUCGCAGUGGGAGCCUGGAGAUGGGAACGGUGAUUGAUCGGUUCAGUGGCCCAGUGGUGCCCAACUCCCUCUUUAGCACCACCCAUGAGACAACUCUCUUCUUUCAUAGCGACUACUCCCAGAACAAGCCGGGUUUCAACAUCAUCUACCAGGCAUAUGAGCUGCAGAGGUGCCCAGACCCUCGUCCGUUUCGUAAUGGCAUAGUGAUUGGUCAGGAAUACAGCGUGGGGAUGACAAUUUCCUUUGAGUGCCUUCCAGGUUACACUCUGCUCGGAGAGGCUUCUCUCACAUGUCUGCACGGAGUCAGCAGGAACUGGAAUCACCCUAUUCCUCGCUGUGAAGCUCUCUGUGGAGGGAAUGUAACAUCCAUGAACGGCACAAUUUACUCUCCUGGACACCCAGCCGAGUAUCCACACUUUCAGGACUGCAUGUGGACAGUCAGAGUGCCUCCUGGGUACGGCAUCUACAUCAACUUCUCUGUUAUCAAUACAGAGCCAAUCUAUGACUACAUCACUGUGUGGGAUGGACCCGACCAGGCCUCUCCUCAAAUUGGUCAGUUCAGUGGCAGCUCCUUGCAGGAGGGCGUGUCUACCACCGCCAAUCAGGUCCUCAUCAAAUUUCACAGCGACUUCAGCACCAGCGGCUUCUUUGUGCUCCGUUAUUACGCAUACCAGCUGAGAACAUGUCAGCCACCUCCUCCUGUCGCCAAUGCCACUAUCCUAACUGAUGAUGACGAGUUUGAAAUAGGGGACAUCAUCCGGUACUCGUGCCUGCCAGGCUUCACCUUGGUGGGCAGUGAGAUCCUGACCUGUCGGCUUGGAGAGAGGCUUCAGAUGGAUGGACCCCCACCAGUCUGUCAAGUUCAAUGUCCAGCCCACGAGGUGCGUUUCGACUCAACAGGGGUGAUCUUGAGUCCAGGAUUCCCUGAAAACUACCCCAAUCUCCAGAUGUGCUCAUGGCUGAUCAAUGUGGAGAAGGGCUACAACAUCACUUUGCACUUUGAACUCUUCCAGACGGAGAAAGAGUUUGAUAUCUUGGAAAUAUUUGAUGGUCCCAACAUCUACAGCCAGAGCAUGGCCUCACUCAGCGGUGACAUUGAGACACCCUUCAGCAUGACCACCACAGGCCACCAGCUCCUGCUACGCUGGUCCUCCGACCACGGCACCAACCGACGUGGCUUCCACAUCAGAUAUGUGGCGAUGUACUGCAGUACCCCGGACUCCCCGCAACACGGCUUUGUCGUGAGCCAGACAGGGGGUCAUCUUAACAGCAUAGUGCGCUGGGCCUGCGACAGGGGGUACAAGCUGAUCGGAAAGGGCUCAGCUGUGUGCAAGAAUACCUCCUAUGGCUACUACACCUGGGACGCGCCAGUUCCCGCCUGUCAAGCCGUGUCUUGCGGUGUGCCCAGCGCGCCAGUGAACGGAGGUGUGCUUGCUGCUGAUUACUCCGUCGGCACUCGGGUGACCUACUUCUGCAACAGCGGCUACCGGCUCUCCUCCAAAGAGCUGACGACCACAGUCUGCCAGCCAGACGGCACCUGGAGCAACCACAACAAGAUACCCCGAUGCAUUGUCAUUAUGUGCCCAAGUCUCAGUUCCUUCUCUCUGGACCACGGGAAAUGGAGGAUAGUCAACGGCUCGCACUAUGAAUAUGGAACUAAGAUAAUCUUCACUUGCAACCCUGGAUACUACCGUGUUGGCCCCGCCCACAUCCAGUGCUUGGCCAAUGGGGUGUGGAGCUGGAGGAAUGAAAGGCCUCGUUGUAAAAUCAUUUCCUGUGGCGAUCAGCCCACACCUCCUAAUGGGAAAAAAAUUGGGACUCAAACAACGUUUGGAGCAUCAGCCAUUUUCAGCUGUAACCCUGGCUACGUUUUAAGUGGAUCUACGGUUAGAGAGUGUCUUCUGUCCGGCCUCUGGAGUGGGAUGGAGACUAACUGCCUGGCCGGUCACUGUGGGGUUCCAGAGCAGAUCGUUAAUGGACAGGUGAUCGGGGAAAACUUUGGUUAUAGAGACACAGUGGUUUACCAGUGCAACCCUGGAUUCCGGCUCAUUGGCUCCUCAGUACGAAUCUGCCAGCAGGACCAUGUCUGGUCUGGAUAUCUCCCAGUUUGUAUCCCUGUCACAUGCGGCCACCCGGGUAGCCCUAUCUAUGGUCGCACCACAGGCGAUGGCUUCAACUACAAUGAUAUGGUGCGCUUUUCCUGCAACAAAGGCUACACCCUGGAAGGACCAUCCACAGCCCAGUGCCAGGCCAGCCGCCAGUGGAGCCAGCAGCCUCCGACAUGCAGAGUUGUUAACUGCACAGAUCCAGGAAUCCCUGCCAAUUCUAUUCGGGAGAGUAAGAUUGAACACGGAAACUUCACAUUUGGCAGCGUGGUCUUCUAUGACUGUAACCCCGGAUAUUACCUGUUCGGCUCAUCAGUGCUCACCUGCCAGCCGGAGGGUCACUGGGACAAACCUCUACCAGAAUGCAUAGAGGUGGACUGUGGCCACCCAGGUAUUCCUCCCCAUGUCGGGAUGAGCGGGGAGAAGUUUACCUUUGGCUCCACGGUGCGCUACACCUGCUCCGGGGACCGCCAGCUCAUAGGAGACUCAUCACUCACCUGUCAGCUGAACGGACACUGGAGUGGUCCACUGCCCCACUGCUCAGGCGACACUGCAGACACCUGUGGGGAUCCUGGUGCGCCUGCCCAUGCCAGCAGGGAGGCAGGAAACUUCAAAGUGCGCAGCAAGGUGCGCUUCACCUGCGCAGUGGGACACACACUGUACGGCUCAGCAGAGAGGAUCUGCUUCCCCAAUGGGACCUGGUCGGGCAGACAGCCAUUCUGCAAACCUGUUCAAUGCAGUAACCCAGCUACACCUGCCCAUGGCAGAAUCUCCCGUGUGGAUGGCACAACUUUCUCUCACUCCAUCGUGUAUUCUUGUAUGGAAGGAUAUUUCCUCAGCGGCUUACCGACACGGCAGUGUUUGGCAAAUGGCACAUGGUCUGGCAUAGCUCCAAACUGCACAAUGAUAACCUGUGGGGACCCUGGUAUCCCAGCAAAUGGACUUAGAUUUGGUGAUGACAUAACCGUGGGCUCGAAUUCGACGUUCAUGUGCCAGCCUGGCUACGUGAUGAUCAGAGGCGACAACACUGUCACCAGGACCUGCACCAGCAACGGCACCUGGAGUGGCACCAUGCCAGCAUGCCAAGUGGUGACGUGUCCCACACCCCCUGCUAUUCCUAACGGCCUCCUGGAGGGUUCUGUAUUGGAGUGGGGUACCAGCGUGAGCUACAGCUGCCUACCUGGCUAUGAGCUCUCCUUCCCUGCUGUGCUCACCUGCACAGGAAAUGGAACAUGGAAUGGAGACCUGCCUCAGUGUCUGCCCAAGUUCUGCGGAGACCCGAGUAUGCCUGCCAAAGGACGGAGGGAAGGACGGAGUUUCAUCUUCAAGUCUGAGGUGACAUUUAGCUGCAAUACUCCAUACGUGCUGGUCGGAUCGGCAACGCGCAUGUGCCAGGAUGACGGCACCUGGGGCGGAUCUCAGCCUCGAUGUAUAGAGCCCACAAGAACCACUUGUGAAAAUCCGGGGACACCUGAGCAUGGCUUCAUGAAUUACACAACAGGCUUUAAGGUGGGCAGCAGAGUGGAUUUCCAGUGCCAACAGGGACACCUACUGCAGGGCUCUACUACCCGGCUUUGUUUGCCAGAUCUUACCUGGACCGGCACCCAGCCUACCUGUAUCCCUCACUCCUGCAAGCAGCCGCGUAGCCCGGCCAACGCCGACGUCGUGGGUCUAGACCUGCCCUCCUACGGUUACACUCUGGUGUACACCUGUCAGCCGGGUUAUUUCCUCUCCGGGGGCUCAGAGCACCGGGUCUGCCGCUCUGACGGCAGCUGGACUGGCAAGGUGCCUGUCUGCAGAGUGGGUUCCAAAUCACAUGAGAAAACUGUCAAACCAGUAACAGGAACUCCGAGCCCAAAAAUAAAUGUCCCGGACGAUGUCUUUGCCCCGGAUUUUGUCUGGAAGGGUUCUUAUGAUUACAAAGGCCAGAAACAGCCAAUGACUUUGACAGUCACAAGCUUCAAUGCAACCACAGGAAAAGUCAAUGUAACUUUAACGGACAGCAGCAUGGAGUUUCUCCUCUCUGGAAUGUACAAGCGCCAGGAGGCACGGUUAAUGCUGCUGCUGUACCAGAUGAGAGCUCUGGCCCACAGCUCUUUGAACAGGAUUACUGAUGAGACCUGGGCAAUGGAUGGAUUUGUUUCAGCUGAGCCUGAGGGUGGCAGCUAUGUGUUCCAAGGCUUCAUACAGGGUAAAGACUACGGACAGUUUGGACUACAGAGAGUUGUGUUUCUGUCGUCAUCAUCUCAUGACUGUCUUCAACAAGAUUAUCACAGUCAAACUGAUCAUUAUCACUGUGAUCAUUAUGGUUGUCUUCGGUAUCAACUGGCUGCUGCGUCUCUGAGUUGUCAUCAUCGUGAUCAUCUUCCUCUCCAUUAUCAUCCACAUCAUGAUUAUCGUCGCCUGCAGAUGAUACGUAUCUUUCUGUUUUUCCCUUUAGUUUUUACAGACUUUGUUCGUGUCAUUUUGUUAUUAUGAGUACUUAAAAAUUCCUAUUACAUGUCUAUAUUGACUAUUUUUCCCUCCUCUUUGGAUAAAUCUACAUUUUUUUUUUGCUCCAGGUUUGAGUGUGAGGGAGAAUAUCACACUCACUGACCCUGAAACCAACACCUCCACAAACAGCAGCUCUGUUGCUGUUGCUAUCCUUGUGCCUUUCUUUGCCCUCAUCUUUGCAGGCCUUGGGUUUUAUCUCUACAAACAACGG